AUGCCGUCCCAGACGAAGCGCAAGCGCGAUAGAACUAUUAGUAAGGCCCGCGCUGAGAAAACCCGGAAAGCAAAAGCAGCAAACAAAGCACGCAAAACGGCGGCCACCGAGCGACUCCGUACCCGGGCCCCAACCGGGAAGUUCACCAAGUUCCUCGAGCUACCGGGAGAACUCCGCAACGCCAUCUACGAACUCGUGCUGGAACCCGACGUGACGUUCAAACCUGCGACUGCGCACGAGGUGGUUGAGUCUGGAGAACCGGAGCGCUUCGCCCUCCUGGCCGCCAACCGUCAAAUUCACGACGGAGCCGCCGCCAUUUUGGCACGGAGGGCAACUUGCCAUAUAUGUCUCGAGAGGCACGCUGUGGCGCGGCCGAAUAGGGGGCAGCGGGCUAUGGUCAAUGAGGCCGUCGAGAACUUCACCAACAUCAACAUCUCCCUCAGUCGUCCGGCUACAGCGCCUAGGAAGGGCGGCAUACGGGGAUUGGAAGAGACGAUCCGCGGUAUUGUUGCCGUUUCUGCAACUGCCUACGACAGCCCGCAGCGUGAGGUGACGCUGGAUCUGCAUGAGUGGAUCUGGUCGAGACUCGAGGACUUGUUCAAAUUGGGCGGCACUUUGCUUGUACAUGAGAAUGUAAACGCCGAAUGGAAGCGGUGCUUCCAGGUCAUGAAGGGGCAUACCACCAUCCGCUGGACCGUCAAGGUGCCGGUUACGGGCCGCCAACUAGGUUCCUUCGCGGAGCUGAUCAAGGAGACUUGCGAGAAGAACGGAUAUGGGUACGUAGAGGCGAGAAGGAGUCGUAGGGAGGAGGCCAAGCUGUACCUGAUGGACCCCGAGGACAUAAAUUCGCCCUAA